AUGGCGAUACAUUUCGCUCUGCUAUUGGCGGGUGCUGCCAUGGUUCAGGUACAAAACUCGUACUCCUAUGCAGCAUCCGAUUGGCAGAGUGACAUAACCACCGCCGCUGGUAUUGGGAUUGACGGCUUCGGUAACCCUCAACAUGCUCAGAAUGACUAUGAAGUCGACCGUCUCGUGGACGCCUUUAGCCUGUUCUUUUCGUUCGACAUGUCCUACUCUUGGGCGAGCAGCGACAUGGUUAGCAUCGUCCAGAAGUAUGCUAACAGCUCAGCCAUGUAUACAUGGAACGACGCCGUUCUAGUGUCUACCUACUCCGGUGAAUCGUAUGGCGACUCGUUCUGGUCCGACUUCAAGUCCACUCUGGCUGCUGACGGCAUCACAAUUAUUCUUGCACCGGCGUUCACGACCUACCGCGACCCGAGCGAUGCGAAUUCCUUAAUGUCCACGUUCUCGUCCAUUGAUGGCUUCUUCAAUUGGUGGUCCUGGCCCGCUGAUGUCGAUGCCAACCUCACCACUGCCACGGACCUCGCAUAUCAGGCGGUAGUGAAGUCCGACCGUACAGGCCCCUACAUCAUGUCUGUGUCUCCUUGGCAGUUCAAGAAUCUUGGAACGAACGAUACCGACUGGGUCGAGCUGAGCGAUACAUUAUGGUACUACCGGUGGCUGCAAGCGAUCCAGGAUGUCAACCCGGAUAUCGUUGAGAUCGUGACCUGGAACGACUACGCCGAAUCUCACUACAUCGGAGAAAUCAACUCAAACGUCGAUCUUGGUGACCUGGCCCCGAACUACGUCGACGGUUUCCCCCAUACCUACUGGAGGAACGUAUCGCAGUACUUCAUCAGCUGGUACAAGUCCGGUGGCGCACCAACGGUGACGGAUGAUCAAGUCAUCUUCUGGUACCGUGGCUGGCCAAAGGACACAACAUGCAGCACUGGUUCGCCACCCCGCAAUUACGGAUUCCCAGUUGAUGCGGUCUUCGCGCUGGCACUGCUGAGCUCCGAGGCCAGCGUACAGCUGUACAUCGGGUCGAACUCAUUCUCUUGGGACGCUCCCGCUGGUGCUAGCAUAGGCAGCGUGCCCUUUCCGACCGAAGAUUCUCAGAUACCGUAUAUUGAGAUCGUGCGCGAUAAUACCACGAUCAAGAGCGGUUACGGUAGUCUCCAAGUGAACCAGACUGGAUGUUCUUACUACAACUUCAAUCCCUGGGUGGGCAUUAUUGACUGA